UCAAAAGUGUAAAUAAAAUUCACGUGUUUGCAAAAAUGAACCCCAAAACAAACUUUUCGGGUAAUUUUUACUGUGGAAAAGGUGAAAAUGGUUACAAAAUAAAUAUAAAUGUGAAAAGAAAAUUGAAACAAGUUCUGGGUGGUGAUGGGGAGAAGAGGUUUCGAGGGGAAAAUGGUCAAGGGCAGAGGAAUCGAAAUACGACGGCUGGACCGACUCUCGAGGAGCAGCGACAAUCUCUGCCCCUUUUCCCUGUCCGGCAGAAGAUAAUUCAGCAAAUCCGGGAGAAUGACACGCUAAUCUUCCUGGGAGAGACCGGGUCCGGAAAGACCACGCAAAUUCCGCAGUAUGUUCAUGAGUGUGGAUUGACAAGGAAUGGAGUGGUGGCUGUUACACAACCAAGACGUAUAGCUGCUAUCUCUGUUGCACAGCGUGUUGCUCAGGAGAAAUCCUGCCAGGUUGGAGAUCUUGUGGGGUAUACGGUACGCUUCGAGGAUUGCACAUCAGAUGCCACGAGAAUUAGGUACAUGACCGAUGGUACCUUGCUGCGGGAAGCUAUAAGAGAUCGACUCCUCUUGGUGUACUCAAUGAUUAUUCUGGAUGAAGCUCACGAGAGAACCGUCAAUACGGAUGUUCUCUUUGGGAUUGUUAAGGAAGCACAAAAGUUGCGGAGAGAAGGGAGAAAACCUCCCUUGAAAAUAAUUAUUAUGAGUGCAACAAUGGAUGUUGAUCACUUCUCAGCUUACUUCAACAACUGCAAGAUCAUCUACCUCGAAGGCAGGACAUUUCCAGUCAAAAUCCGUCACGUUAAGCGCAAUGAACACGACUAUGUGCAAACCUGCCUCAUAACGCUCUUUGACAUUCACCGCAAUGCCCCGCUAGAUCAUGAUAUUCUAAUCUUCCUCACUGGCCAGGAAGAGAUUGACGCAUUGACGGAACAAGCAAAAUCCAUUGCGAAAUCUGCGGAAUUUCAUGAUGCUCCUAUGAAGGUUCUCCCGCUGUAUUCGCAACUUCCGCAGCAUAAGCAAAUGGAAGUAUUCAAACCAGCCCCGCAAGGUGUCCGGAAGGUUAUCUUGGCCACAAAUAUUGCUGAAACUUCCCUCACAAUCAGCGGUAUAAAAUACGUCAUUGACAGUGGGGUGGUGAAGCAGAAAGUCUACAACACCGUGACGGGAAUGGAGACGCUGAAAGUCGUAAAAAUCUCCCAGGCUCAAGCAUGGCAGAGAACGGGUCGUGCUGGACGCGAGUCUGAGGGGUUCUGCUAUCGCGCCUACACUGUGUCAGAAUUCGAAAAGAUGAGCAUCAUGACGACCCCCGAGAUACUUCGAUCGAAUCUCAGCACAACGGUUCUCCAACUCCUAGCGCUUGGGAUUGAUUGCAUGAAUUUUGAUUUUAUGGACAAACCGUCGAGAGAGUCAUUAAAUAGUGCCAUAAAACUUUUAUAUGAAUUGAAAGCCAUCGCUUCGAUUGAGAGGCCAACAUUGACGGAGGCGGGAAGGAAAAUGAGUCAAUUUCCUCUUGAUCCGCGCUUCAGUAAAAUCCUCCUCGAGGCACCCAACUUUGGUUGCCUUUCUGAGAUGAUCAUGAUAAUCGCCGUUCUAUCUGGUGAGAACAUCUUCCAUUCGAGUACCGAGAAAAGGGACCAAAUACUCGUGGCUCAUAGCAAAUUUGUAUCAAAAUUCGGGGAUCAUCUGACAAUUUUAAAUGCUUUCCGGGAAUUUCUCAAUGCGGAAAAUCCCAAAGCGUGGUGCUUUAAGCAUUUCCUCAAUUAUCGCAAUCUAAUGUACGCCAAUGAAGUUAGGAAGCAACUAAUGGAAAUCUGCAAGAGGUGCAAUCUCAAUGAAUCCAGCUGUGGAAAUGAUUUUGAUCAGGUACGACGGUGUCUCCUUGUCGGUCUAUUCGGGAAUAUUGGCGAACUGCAGAAGGAUCAAAUGUACUUGACCCUAACGGGUAGGCAGAAGGCGAAACUCCAUCCCAGCAGUGCUCUAUGCCAUAAACCACUGGCCGAUUAUGUUGUCUACACAGAUCUUGUGGCCACAGAGCGUGCUUACCUCAAAUUUAUCACCAUCAUUGACUCAGAGUGGCUCCAUGAUUUGCCAAAUGCUAGCAAAUUGCGACGGUACUCCACCAGCAAUAAUUUCAGGUAGACUGGGGAGGGCUUUUUCACUAUGCCAACCCCGACUGGGUGCUUGCUGGUGGCUGGUUCAGCGCCUCAGGAAGCCGUCAAAUAGGCGGAAGCGGUAGAGAAAAAAAGUUACGAAAGGUAGGCAGUAUAAUGCCAUUUUUUGACGAGAGGGAAAUCUGAACCAAAAUCUUUACUCCUGCAAAGAGGUGUUCUUGAAAUUUCAAAAAAUUCCAAUCACACACAUCUCGCAUGUCGCUUCUUUGAAAUGCUAGAUGGUUCCGUGGCGCACCAUGUGAAAAAGCAAAGCUCUCGUUGGGAAUUGGGGG